AUGACUGAAGCCAAACAAGAUUUAAUAGAAUUAUCAUCAAAUCCUUUAGAUGUAUGGAUAAAUACACAUUAUGAUGAAUUGUUUGCAGGUAUGACGUGUAAAAAUGCUCUAUUCUGCAAACCAUCAGACAUGAAAGACAAAAACUUUCAAAUGAGUAUUAAGGAUAAAUGUGAUAGGAAACAUAGAAGAAUAGACGGUAAACAAACAUGGUGUUAUGUUUUGAAAGAAGAAAUGAAAGGAUUAUAUAAACAAAUUGAACCAAACGAUAAUGAGGAAUCAUUUACUGACGAUGAAAUACCUGUAAAUGAUGCUUUAUAA